CGGCGGUUUGAAUUGGGGCGGCAGCGGCCGGCCGCCGUGUGCAGAGUGGAAGGUGGCCUGCGGCGGCGGCGGUAACGGUUUUUCGUCAUGGACUUCGAUCCCACGGUAGAGGAGGGGCUGCGGCGCAGCAACGCCCGUUUCAUGGCAUCCAUGAACCGCAUCUUCGAAACGUAUAAUCAUCCUUUCGAGAAUGACAUAUUGAUCUCUAUGGCCUCUCUUACAUGUGAAACACCUGACGGACCUAAAAAAUGGGACACGAUGUCGAGGAAAGACAUUAAAAAAUGGAGGAGAAAAUUGACGCAGAUUAGUCCAAGGCCAAGGAGCACAGAGAAGCAGAGCCGUGAUUUUGAAGAUAAGCACUCAGCAGCACACCAGGAGUCUUCUGAGAACUCUGGGGCAGAUACAUCUGAUACAGGUGGAGAAAGUGGUGCCGUAGCCUCAGUAGGAAGAAAAUUUGGAGGAAUUUGUCUCAAGAAUCUGAAUGUAGAUGAUGGACAAAUCCUAGAGAAAAAAAUAGUUCCAGUGGAUGUGAUAUUACAAGGUGAUGAGAGAAAUUAUCCCAAAUGGAUAACGAUUACAACUCCACGUUCAUCAAAAAGUCGUCAUUCAACUUCGCCAGGGCAAGAACAGCUUGGACCUAAAAAAUGGGACACGAUGUCGAGGAAAGACAUUAAAAAAUGGAGGAGAAAAUUGACGCAGAUUAGUCCAAGGCCAAGGAGCACAGAGAAGCAGAGCCGUGAUUUUGAAGAUAAGCACUCAGCAGCACACCAGGAGUCUUCUGAGAACUCUGGGGCAGAUACAUCUGAUACAGGUGGAGAAAGUGGUGCCGUAGCCUCAGUAGGAAGAAAAUUUGGAGGAAUUUGUCUCAAGAAUCUGAAUGUAGAUGAUGGACAAAUCCUAGAGAAAAAAAUAGUUCCAGUGGAUGUGAUAUUACAAGGUGAUGAGAGAAAUUAUCCCAAAUGGAUAACGAUUACAACUCCACGUUCAUCAAAAAGUCGUCAUUCAACUUCGCCAGGGCAAGAACAGCUUGGACCUAAAAAAUGGGACACGAUGUCGAGGAAAGACAUUAAAAAAUGGAGGAGAAAAUUGACGCAGAUUAGUCCAAGGCCAAGGAGCACAGAGAAGCAGAGCCGUGAUUUUGAAGAUAAGCACUCAGCAGCACACCAGGAGUCUUCUGAGAACUCUGGGGCAGAUACAUCUGAUACAGGUGGAGAAAGUGGUGCCGUAGCCUCAGUAGGAAGAAAAUUUGGAGGAAUUUGUCUCAAGAAUCUGAAUGUAGAUGAUGGACAAAUCCUAGAGAAAAAAAUAGUUCCAGUGGAUGUGAUAUUACAAGGUGAUGAGAGAAAUUAUCCCAAAUGGAUAACGAUUACAACUCCACGUUCAUCAAAAAGUCGUCAUUCAACUUCGCCAGGGCAAGAACAGCUUGGACCUAAAAAAUGGGACACGAUGUCGAGGAAAGACAUUAAAAAAUGGAGGAGAAAAUUGACGCAGAUUAGUCCAAGGCCAAGGAGCACAGAGAAGCAGAGCCGUGAUUUUGAAGAUAAGCACUCAGCAGCACACCAGGAGUCUUCUGAGAACUCUGGGGCAGAUACAUCUGAUACAGGUGGAGAAAGUGGUGCCGUAGCCUCAGUAGGAAGAAAAUUUGGAGGAAUUUGUCUCAAGAAUCUGAAUGUAGAUGAUGGACAAAUCCUAGAGAAAAAAAUAGUUCCAGUGGAUGUGAUAUUACAAGGUGAUGAGAGAAAUUAUCCCAAAUGGAUAACGAUUACAACUCCACGUUCAUCAAAAAGUCGUCAUUCAACUUCGCCAGGGCAAGAACAGCUUGGCAAUCGAUCUAUUUGCAGAAAGAGGCUAGAGUUUUCAAAUGAAUGUUCUUCAUCCAGAUAUCCACAGUUACAACAUUCUGCUGUUCCCAUUUCAUCAAAUACAGUAGCCUCACCCAGGCAUCGACCUCGUCCAGAACUGAGCACGACUUCAUGUGAUAGUAUCCUUGGAGAAUACCAAUCUGCAGAUGAGGAAUGCUCCUUGAGCAGUACAACCCUUUUAGGCUUGUAUCCAGCAAUGGUAGCGUUAUUUACAAAGUUCAUGACAAAGCGUUCUCAGAGAAAAGCGUUGAAGUACAUGUUUGGACACUUAAGGUCCAAGAGACGGCAUUCUAGAAGACCAAAGCUCAAUGUCACUGUAGACAAAAUGAGAGGGUUCGGAAAGGCAUCUGGAAAAAGCCAAGGAGUCUGCAAACACAGUGCUUUUCCUGAUGUUAUGGAUAGAAUAGGAGAGACAUUUCUAGUUGAAGAUAAAUUACAGACUACUGACUCACCAAAAAAUUUAGAAUACACAAAAGAUGAAAAAUUUACUUACAAACACUUUUCAGAACCCAGUUUUAAAACAUCUACUGCCAGUUCAGAUUCAAGAGCAUUUCAUCUUGUAAAAGAGAAGAAGACUCAGAAAACUGACUUUCAUGUUGGUACCUCAGAGUUGUGUUCAUCUGCUUGCAGUUCCCAUGGCAAUAGAAACAAUUCUAUACCUACCACAAAUUGUUCUCCUGCAAGAUCAUCAAAUACUAUGUUCAUAUAUCCUCAAAAAACAACUUCUUUCCAGCACAAAGAGUCAUUUUCCUCCCGGAAGCAGAAUUCUUCAAAGACAGACAAAGAAAUAGAUGCUGCAUUUGACGAACUCUACUACAGAGUGAUUUCUGGAGAAUACCUAAAGCCUUUGACAUUGACAAGACCUCUUAUAAACUCACAGAACCUUAAAGAGAAAGGAACAUUAGUGAAGAGUAAUCAAAGUGAUUCUGAGAGGUCCCUUAAACAGUGUGAUAUAGAAUUUGAGAAACUGUCUGGGAAGUCUAUUCCAAGAUCUCCUGGGCUUCAGACAGCUUCAAAUUUCAGGAAAUAUGAAGAAAUACAGAUUCCUGAAACUGUAAAUGCUCUUGUUAAUUCUCCUGUCAGAACUUAUUCUGCAAUUUCCAGUGUUAAAAGAGCAGGAAAUUUUCAAAACCAUCCUCUUUGUUCACCAGUAAAGCGACUGAAAUUUAUACCAGGACAUUGUUUUUCUUCAAGCAAAUGUCAGAUUUCCCACAGUAAAGAGGGUAAUCUUCAGACAGGUGGCAUGGAUUUUUUGAGCACGUACAACUGUAGCAAGCCCAGCUUUUUUGCUGAUCACAUCUGUCAUUGUCAGGGCUCUGGAUCUCAUGAUUCUUCACAUCAAAGUUUUCUUGAUACUCCUGGUACUUCCCUGCAAGAAUCUGGGACUGCAGGUGCACACUCUGGUUGGCCUGGGACAAUGGAGAAUUGCAGCUCUCUCAGAAAUGUAAGCAAGCGUCACCCAAGAAUAUCCAGAAAACUAAGCUACACUGAUGGGAAAGACCAAUUGUAGGAAUCCCUUGGAUGACUCUGGUUAAAGCUCACCAAGAAGCAUUAAUGCAUCUGUUGCAGUUUAAAAAGUUUUGUAUAGGUUGGGUUUUAUUCAGUGUUGUUCCUUCUUCCAAGAAUCUAGGAUGUAUAAUUACAUGUAAGCAAUAUACAAAUAGUUCUGAUUUACACUUUUUUGUAGUUCAAAUCUUUGGGAAAAGGUUCAUCCCUUUUAACAGGGCACUUCUUACUCCAUUUAUGGCUAAGUUGGAUUUUUGUAUUUUACAGUAUUUCUAAUAACUGAGUGUGAUCUGUAUUCUUUUUAUUUGCUGAUAAGCUUUGAUUCUUACUGUAUUAAUAAUAAGGAACAAGCUCAUUUACCUGAAUUGCUGCUUAUUCAGGUUUUUGAGUGUCUCAGUACAGAUCCAAAUUCACUGCUAUGUGCUAUGUUAAUGUUAACAUUUUCUCAGUAUAUCACCAAAGUUCAUAUAAUAAGAUUUGAUUCUUACUGUGUUAGUAAUAAGGAACAAGCUUAUUUACCUAAAUUGCUGCCUAUUCAUGCUUUUUGGAUGCAUCAGUACAGACCCAAAAAUCACUGCUAUAUGCUAUGACUUGAGUCUGCUAUGCAAUGGUAAUGUUAAAAUUUUCCAGAGUUGAUUGUUCAAUAAAAUUUUAUACUGUUUAAUAGGUUUGAUAAAUGCACUCUGUGUUUUGACAAAAUUGUACCCGACACAGUAUAUGUUCUAAAUAAAAAACUGUUCUGAACAAA